AUGACUACGGACACUAAGGCACUCCAACACAUCCUGAACAACAGCAUAGCCUACCAAAAACCUGAAGAAUUCCGAUACAGCCUUGGAGACCUACUCGGUCACGGGCUUUUGUUCGCAGAAGGUCAUGAACACAAACGCCAACGCCGUAUCAUGAACCCAGCAUUCGGGACAAUGCACAUUAAGGAGAUGACCAACGUGUUCGUAGACAAGUCCAACGAGUUGCGCGAUGCCUUGAACCUACUCUGCACACCUGUUGCUUUUCCUUCGGCAGGGCCUGCCGACGAAUGGGUGCCUGUAGAAGUGCUCGCUUAUCUCUCUUGCACGACUUUAGACAUCAUCGGCACAGCAGGCUUCAACUACUCGUUUGGAGCACUCAAAACUCUUGUCAGCAAGACAGCCAAAAAGUCGGCUUCAAGAGGCACCACGACCCAAGUCAAACAAGAGUUCAUCAAUCAUGGCGAAGAGGAUUUGGACUCGGACGACACGGAUGAAGAGCAUCACGACCCACUUUCCUCUGCUCUAGCCCGCACAAUCGACUCUACGAACGGAGGAUUCACUCUCCUCCAGCUCCUCAAAAUGUACAUUCCCCCUUUCCGCCUCAUCAACUUUGACAGUCGUUCUCGUCUCACCCGUAAAUCGCGAGUAAUCAUCAACCAAAUCGGCAAGUCGAUCAUAAAGGACCGAAAGAACGCCAUAGCCGAAGAAAACGAGAGUGGAUUGGACAAGAGAGGUGGCGCUAAGGACUUGUUGACGUUAUUGAUCAAGGCCAACUUGGCCGAAAAUGGAGAGGGCAAGAUUGGAGACAGGAAAUUAUCGGAUGACGAGCUCAUGAACCAGAUCCCUACAUUCUUCCUCGCAGGACACGAGACGACUUCGACGUCGACGGCGUGGACACUCUUUUCACUCGCCUGCAAUCAUGCCAUACAAGACAAACUCCGUGCGGAACUGCUCGAGGUGUCCACCGACCACCCGACGAUGGAACAGCUCAACUCGCUUUCCUAUUUGGACAUGGUCGUUCGCGAGUCGCUACGAUAUCACUCAGUCGUGACGGAUACAGUACGUGUCGUGACUGAAGAGGACGUCAUUCCGUUCGAGAAGCCAUUUGAGGAUAAGAAUGGCAACCUCAGAUCAGAGCUCCGGUGUGUGAACUCCCCAAUAUAUUCUGUUUCCCCUGAGAACUGA